AUGGAGUCUCAUGGAGCCGGACUCCGCCGCGUUCUGCUCCUUUCCGUUUGUGUCGCUGGCAUUUGGUCUGCUUACAUUUACCAAGGCGUCCUCCAAGAGACCGUGUCGACAAAGAGAUUUGGUCCCGACAAGAAGAGGUUCGAGCACUUGGCGUUCUUGAAUCUAGCACAAAAUGUAUUCUGUUUUAUUUGGUCAUUUAUGAUGAUAAAGAUAUGGUCCAAUGGUGGUGAUGGUGCUCCUUGGUGGAGUUACUGGAGUGCCGGUAUUACAAAUACAAUUGGCCCGGCUAUGGGGAUUGAAGCACUGAAGUAUAUUAGUUACCCUGCUCAGGUGCUGGCAAAAUCCUCCAAAAUGAUUCCAGUUAUGCUGAUGGGUACACUAGUUUAUGGAAUUAGAUACACCCUUCCAGAGUAUCUUUGUACAUUACUUGUUGCUGGAGGGGUAUCCGUGUUCGCACUUACAAAGACUAGCUCAAAGACAAUAAGCAAACUAGCACACCCAAAUGCUCCACUUGGGUAUGGGCUUUGUUUUCUGAACCUUGCUUUUGAUGGAUUCACCAAUGCCACACAGGAUUCAAUUAAGGCCAGGUACCCAAAGACGAGUGCUUGGAAUAUAAUGCUAGGAAUGAAUAUAUGGGGUACCAUUUAUAAUAUGAUAUUCAUGUUCGGCUGGCCAAAUGCCAUCGGAUUUGAGGCAAUUCAGUUCUGCAAGCAGCAUCCAGAGGCAGCAUGGGACAUUUUCCUCUAUUGUUUGUGUGGUGCGGUUGGCCAAAAUUUCAUAUUUUUAACCAUUAGUCGAUUUGGUUCAUUGACUAACACGACAAUAACCACAACACGGAAAUUUGUAAGCAUAAUGGUAUCUUCACUGCUGAGUGGCAAUCCUCUGUCGUAUAAGCAAUGGGGAAGUGUUGUCAUGGUUUUCUCAGGAUUAUCCUACCAGAUAUAUUUAAAAUGGAGAAAAUUGCAGAGAAUGCAGAGGAAAAAGAAGGCAAUGUGA